AUGGCGACGCCUCCGCCCCCCGAGACAAAGACGAUCCGCAUCUCGCAGGUGGCGGGGCGGUACCUGAUCUUCGACCUGGCCGACGUGAUGCACCUGCGCCGCGCCCACGGCAUGUGCUCCGUCCUGGUCGGCACUAACCCCCAGGCCCCCAACCAGAACAUCUUCUCGGCCCUGCCGCUCGAGCUGCUGCCCGAGGAGGCGGCCCUGCUGGUCGCCCGCGGCGACGCCUACCUCGCCGACGACCCCCGCGCCCACCUCGAGGCCCUGACCAGGGCCGAGGGUGAGCGCCGCCGCGCCCUGUACGCCCAGGCCCACCGCGACCGGCGCGUCGAGGUCCGCCUAGACAUUGAGGAGGCCUCGGCGGCCCGGUCGCGCGCCGCCAAGGUGGCUAGGGAGGCGCGCGCCGCGGCGGCGGGCAAGAAGAAGGAUGCGAAGCGGCCAGCGGAGGAGGCCUUGGUGCCUGAGACGGCGCCCGCGGUGCCGGCCUCGGACGAUGCCGACGAGCCGUCCCUGUUUGCAUCCUCUUCGCCUGCCCCGCCCAGCGUGCCCUCGAAAGAUGCCCGUCGCAACCCGGGCGGUGUCUACCUGACACCCUCAACCAGCGCGGGGCUUCUGCCGGCGCCCGCCGAGGAGCCCCGGGAGCUCUCACCGCCCGAGGGAUGCCCGCUCUACGCGCACCUCAGCAGCCGCGGAUACUUCAUGACGCCCGGGCUCCGGUUCGGCGGCAAGUACAGUGUCUACCCGGGGGACCCGUUCCGGUUCCACGCGCACUUCAUCGCAAACAGCUACGGGUGGGACGAGGAGGUUGAGCUGCUGGACCUCGUCGGGACCGGGCGGCUCGCGGGCGCGGUCAAGAAGGGCCUGCUGCUCGGCGCCGAGGAGCCUGGGGAGGGGGCCGGCGGGACUGACGGCGCCAAUGUCCGCACUUUCUGUGUCGAGUGGGCUGGUAUGUGA